AUGCCCAACGUGUUUACCAAGUUAGUCCCAAAAGUAACCUUAGUGGAAUCGAUGCCCGAGGCGUUCAAAAACAAGAACUACUCCGACGCCCGACACAUCUCAGGCCUGACCCACGAUAUGCUCAUGUCGUUUGAGAUCCGGGGUCUCGUCGGGGAACAGACCGGCCGUAACCCUCAUUACCCGAACUCUACGGCCGACACUAACCAACACGUCGACAUCACUGGCUCUCAGGACUUUACGUUUGCCACAAAGAAUCAGUUAUACGCCUAUACUGUCAACUAUUGGGCAAUUAUGGCAUUCAUGCUAGACGAUCACCUGGAUCAGCUUGAAUUGAACCAUGAAAACAAGCAUAUCAUAUGCGAGUGGCAGAAGAAGUAUCUGUUGAGCGAAAGCGACGGCACAACAGGUUUUGAUAAAAUGCUCGUAAAGGCUAUGAAACUGACAAAAGCUAUGCUGACGGCUGACCAGUUUUCGGCCAUCAAAGAGGAGACACUUGUCAACGAUGUUUAUUCAGUUAGAUCUGAGGUGUUGAAGGAUCAGGGUAGUUACAGUUACCUGUACCUGUUAAUGGCACACCAGGGCUGGGAUUGUCAACAGGCCAUCGACCAGAUGGUGGCUGAAGUGCACUAUCAAUGGUAUGCGUGUAUUAACUACGGCUCACAACUCGUAGACUACGGCAUACCUGAGCUGACAGAGUAUGUGCACGAAGUGCUAUACAUGGCAAGAGGCAAUCUAUGGUGGUCCACAGUUUGCUCUAGUACUAAUCAGUUUAGUACAGCUCUCGUACCGGUGGCCGAGUGUCCGCACAAUUGCCACUUAAAGGCCAUUUCUAAUCCCGUCGGUCAGGUAAUUAAAUGGUCCCGAUUCUGCGCUCCGGCCAACGAUCUGACCAAAGGAUUUAAAUGCCGGACAGAGUUCCGUAUCGGCGCCCGCAUUGAUGAGUGCACUUGUGAUCGCGAUUUC